AUGACAAGUCAGCCAACCAACCAACAAACCACCCAACCAACCAGACAGACAGCCAGCCAGCCAACCAGCCAACCACCCAACCAGCCACCCAGCCACCCAACCACCCAACCAGCCAACCACCCAACCAACCACCCACCCAACCAACCAGCCACCCAACCAACCAGCCAGCCACCCAACCAACCAGCCAACCAACCACCCACCCAACCAACCAGCCAACCACCCACCCACCCAACCAACCAGCCAGCCAUAAAAACCAUCCAGCCACCCAACCAACCAGCCACCCACCCAACCAGCCACCCAACCAGCCAACCACCCACCCACCCAACCAACCAGCCAGCCAGCCAACCACCCACCCAACCAACCAGCCAGCCAUAUAACCCAACCAACCACCCACACACCCACCCAACCAACCACCCAACCAACCAACCAGCUAGCCAGCCAACCAACCAACCAGCCAGUCACCCACCCACCGACCCAACCAGCCAGUCACCCACCCACCCAACCAACCAACCAACCAGCCAUAAAAACCAUCCAGCCACCCAACCAACCAGCCAGCCACCCAAACAACCAAUUAGCCAGCCACCCAACCAACCAACCAACCAGCCAGCCACCCAAACAACCAAUCAGCCAGCCACCCAAACAACCAAUCAGCCAGCCAGCCAACCACCCAACCAACCAUCCCAGACACCCACCCACCCAGUCAGCCAGUCACCCAACCAACCAUCCCAGCCACCCACCCAACCAACCAGCCACCCAACCAGCUAG